AUGCCCUCUCUACAUGUUGCGGCGCGCAUGGAACACGCGCGCGCUCUGCAGCCAGAUGUCUGGUCGACCUUCAGUGCUGCCAGCCUCCCUCCCGACUGCAUCAACCUCGGCCAAGGGUAUAUGAACUUCGCGCCCCCGGCAUGGGCGUGCGAAGGCGCAGAGGCGGCGCUGAAGACGGCCGAGGGCAACCAGGCCGCGCCCGUAACUGGCAUCCAGCGCUUGCGCGAGGCUAUCAAGGCAUUCUACGGCACGCAGUAUGGCAAGGAGCUCGACGCCGAGACAGAAAUCGUCGUCACCGGUGGCAUACACGCGGUGCUCACGGCGUUCGUGGACCCGGGGGACGAGGUUGUCAUCUUCGAGCCGUUCUUCGACCACCACAUCUCGUCGGCGGUGCUCAACGGCGGGAAGCCCGUGUACGUGCCCCUGCAUCCCAGCCAGGACAACCAGUCCCAACAUGGAAGGAAGACGUGGUCUAUCGACUUUGGCGAGCUGCGCCGCGCCAUCACAUCCCGCACGAAGAUGAUCAUCCUGAACACCCCGCAUAAUCCCGUCGGGAAGGUUCUCACUAGGCAGGAGCUGGAGACCAUCGCUGAGCUUGCUAGAGAAUACAACCUUUUGGUCUUCUCUGACGAAGUGUACGAGACGAUCGUGUAUGAUGACAGAGAACACAUCCGCAUUGCGUCUCUCCCCGGCAUGUGGGAGCGUACGCUCACUGUCAGUUCGACUAGCAAGCUGUUCGCCGCCACCGGCUGGCGAGUCGGCUGGCUCAUCGGACCGCCCGAGCUCGUCAGGCCUGCGUUCGCUGCCACGUUGCGCAUGUCAUACUGCACCAAUACGCCCAUGCAGGAGGCAGCCGCGCUGAGCUUCGAGCGCGCCGCGGCGCACGACUUUUUCGCGGUGCAGCUGCAGGAGUACGCAGAGAAGCGAGCGCUCCUGACGGGCGCGUUUGAGCGCGUCGGGAUCGCUUACACAGUCCCUGAAGGAGGUUACUUCGUCCUCGUCGACGUGUCGCGCGUGCGGUGGCCAGAUGACUAUCCAUUUCCAGUGGCACUGAAAGGGCGUGGGAGGGACUUCCGGGCGGCAUGGUUCAUUGCAGUAGAGGUCGGCGUGUCAUCGAUCCCAUUAACAGCCUUCUAUUGUGAGGAACACCAGGAGUUCGGAGAGAACUAUUUGCGAGUCGCGUUCUGCAAAGAUGUGGAUACCGUGAAGAGGGCUGCCGAACGGCUACAAAACCUCAAGAACUAUAUACUGUAG